AUGGAGGAUAUCGCCCCCGAGUACGAUGUCGUUGUGCUUGGCACAGGUCUCACGGAAUGUGUGCUCUCUGGUGUGCUGAGUGUCAAGGGCAAGAAGGUGCUGCACAUCGACCGCAACGAUCACUACGGCGGUGAGGCUGCAUCUAUCAACAUCGAAGCUCUCUUCAAGAAGUACGGCAACGACAACGGCAGCGAGCCAUGGAAGAAGUACGGCCGCCCCAACGACUGGAACAUCGACCUCGUUCCCAAACUCCUCAUGUCCAACGGAGAACUCACCAACAUUCUCGUCUCGACCGAUGUCACCAGAUACCUCGAAUUUAAGCAGAUCGCUGGCAGUUACGUCCAGACCGGCGCCGGAAACAAGGCCAACGUCGCAAAGGUUCCUUCGGAUGCCUCGGAGGCCCUCCGCAGUCCCCUGAUGGGUCUGUUCGAAAAGAGAAGAGCAAAGAAGUUCCUGGAGUUCGUUGGCGCAUUCAAAGAGGAUGACCCGGCUACCCACAACGCAGGCAUGAACCUGAACCAGUCUACCAUGAAGGAGGUCUACGACAAGUUCGGUCUGGAGGCUUCGACAAGAGACUUUAUCGGUCACAGCAUGGCUCUGUUCACAACCGACGACUACAUCAACCAGAAGGGCGCUGCCAAGGACGCCGUCGAGCGUAUCAGACUCUACGUCAACUCAAUGGCCAGAUACGGAAAGUCGCCUUACAUCUACCCCCUGUACGGUCUGGGUGAACUCCCCCAGGGUUUCGCUCGUCUUAGUGCCAUCUACGGCGGUACCUACAUGCUCAACACCGAUGUUGACGAAGUGCUCUACGAGAACGGCAAGGCUGUCGGUAUCAAGGCUACCAUGAAGGAGCGUGACCAGGAGGGCGAGGGAAUGACUUUCACAACAAAGUGCAGCAAGAUUCUGGCAGACCCCUCAUACUUCCCGAACAAGGUCAAGCCCGUUGGCCACUUGUUGAAGGCUAUCUGCAUUCUGAACCACCCCAUCGAGAAGACGGACAACUCGGACUCUGUCCAGCUCAUCAUUCCUCAAUCACAGAUCGGCAGAAAGCACGACGUGUACGUCGCCAUGGUCUCAUGGGCACACAACGUGGCUCCCAAGGGCUACUACAUUGCGAUUGUAUCAACGAUUGCCGAGGGCGACAGCAACCACCACCUCGAGCUGCAGGCCGGAUUCGAUCGUCUCGGCAAGAUUGAGGAGAAGUUCAUGGGACCUCCCAUCCCCAUCUAUGAGCCUCUUGAGAGCGGAGAGAACGACAACAUCUUCAUCUCAAGAUCCUAUGACGCAACCAGCCACUUCGAGACUACGACAGACGAUAUCCGUGACAUCUACCGAAGAGCCGAGGGUCACGAGCUGGUGGUCGAGGGUCUGCGCGAGGGACAGAACUUGGUGGCCGAAGAGUAA